GUCAUCGUGUAUAGCAACAACAAAGGUCUUCCGUAGUCGUCGUCGAGUGGUUCUCCUCGUCUGGUCUAUCAGCCAUAUAUACCACAACAAGACAGGUUUUGGAAGUUUCAGGAAAUGGGGGCAGUGUUAGGCAUAUGUGGCGCUGCUCAGCUGGCAUGCUGCUGUGGAUCAGCUGCAUGCAGUUUGUGCUGCUCGGCAUGUCCAUCAUGCAAGAAUUCCACUUCGACUCGCAUCAUGUAUGCCAUUAUGAUGCUGAUGGGUACUAUUGUGGCCUGCAUCAUGCUUUCCCCUGGCCUUGAGAAUGCUCUACAGAAGGUACCAUUUUGUGGUAAUGGGGAAAGCAGUGCACCUUCACUAUUGGAUGGGCUAUCGGAGGGUGUAAAGGUGGAUUGUACUGAGGUGGUUGGCUACUUGGCAGUUUACCGUCUGUGCUUUGCGAUGACAUUGUUCUUCUUCUUCAUGGCUCUUCUCAUGAUUGGAGUCAAGUCGAGUAAAGACCCUCGAGCUGGAAUACAGAAUGGAUUUUGGGCAAUCAAAUAUCUAAUCUUGAUUGGUGCGAUCAUUGGAGCAUUCUUCAUCCCACGAGGACAAUUUGGAGAAGUUUGGAUGUACUUUGGCAUGAUUGGCGGGUUCCUGUUUAUCCUUAUACAAUUGGUGCUCAUCAUUGAUUUUGCACACUCCUGGGCUGAAUCUUGGGUCGACAAGUAUGAGGAAACGGAGAGUCGUGGCUGGUAUUGUGCCCUGUUGUUCUUCACUUUCCUCAACUAUGCUCUGGCCAUUGCUGCCGUUGUUCUUUUCUUCGUCUUUUACACAACGACUGAGAGUUGCAGUCUUCACAAGUUUUUCAUCUCCUUCAACCUGAUUUUGUGUGUUAUCAUCAGUACUGUGAGCAUCUUGCCCAAGAUCCAAGAAUCGCAGCCUCGUUCAGGGCUCUUGCAGGCCUCUGUCAUCACACUAUACACCAUGUACUUAACAUGGUCAGCCAUGACCAACACGCCUGAUCAUGAAUGCAAACCUGACUGGGUUUCAGUUAUCCAUGGUGAAGGAUCUACAUCUCCCCCUCCAACAGAGAAACCCUCGUUCGAUGCAGAGUCCAUUGCCUCGUUGGUCAUCUGGUUCUGUUGUGUUCUUUACUCCUCGAUGCGCACUGCCUCCAAUUCCCAAGCUUCACGCCUCACCAUGUCGGAUAAGGUUCUCCUGAAGGAUGAUUCCACUUCCCGUAGGAGUAUGAUCGACAUACCCCUCGUGACCAACGAGGUGGUAGAAGGUGCCUCUGGUGAUCCCGAGACUGGAGAUGGGCACCAUGUGUGGGAUAAUGAAGAGGAUGGUGUGUCAUAUUCCUGGUCCUUCUUCCAUACCAUGUUUGGUCUAGCCACGCUCUACGUCAUGAUGACCCUCACAAACUGGUUCACUCCUAAUUCUGACCUCUCAACACUAUCCAGCAACUUGGCUGCUGUCUGGGUCAAGAUUGUGUCCAGUUGGAUUUGUCUCUUCCUGUAUAUGUGGACUUUGGUUGCUCCCAUCAUUCUCAGCAACCGUGACUUCAGUUAAAUUUUGAUACAUUCUACCAGCAGCAAGGUUGAAACGCUUGAUAUACAGCAUGUCCGAGGAUAUAGCCAAUUACACCUUCACACUUGCCAGUAUUAAGCAAGAUUCCAAAAUGUUGCUCUGCAGAAUUGCCUAAUUUCAAACUUUCAUUUUGGGACAAGAAAAUAAUCAAUGAAAUCCGAAUUGAUUUUACUUGUGGUUUAGUAUGAUAGAACCGAGCCAUAUGUUAAAAAAAAAAUGAAAUCCAGACGUGUUCAAGAAAUGAUUUAGAAUGGGGGAGUAUUAUAACGAAAGGUUUGGUAAAUCCAAUAAAGAAUUUUUAAUUUUGUAUUGUAAUAAACAUGUGAUUAAAUGUGAAAAUGCUGGAUAUUUCCACUAGAUCAUUUAUUGAAAGCAGUAUA